AUGAAUGAUAGGUACCUACUAAACAAUAUAUUAAUAAAAAGCUCCUUAGUAAAGAGAUAUGUGAAAUGCCCUUAUAGAAAUGAAAAGGGCGGAAAGAACAUUGUAGUGCUGCUGUACAUGUACAGUAAAUAUUAUAAAAAGAUAUGUACAGUUGAUAAAUUUAAGACAAGUAACAAAAAGCUAUAUAUUGUAUAUACGAGUGAUAAAAAUGUAAAAAUCAAUAAUAUAAAAAAUAGGAUCGUUAAACAUAAUGUACUUUACAAUUUUAAAAUUUUAUUUUCUGUUAUGUUGUUUUUAAUUCUUCUAUAUUCUUUUCUAAUAUGUUUGAUAGUCUACAAUAAUAAACAUCAUGUUGAGUGCACACUACCUUUUACUGACUGUCCUUUACUAUUACACGCCGAUAUUCAUAACUUCUUUAAAAACUAUAAAGUAAACAAUAUAACGAAGGAGAAUAUACUGGCCAUAUAUAGAAGCAUGGAAAAGUUGAAUGCACAUCGUCAUCACACACAUGGUAGCAAUGCGCUACGAAGCAGUAUAUCAGGAAGAGGCAUGUUAGGAGGGGGUAUACUACGAAACGGUGCACAUAUGAAAAAAAAAAGGUACACGAUAUUAAAAACACAAAGAGUACAGUGCACCCACUGUGAAGUUGUUUUUAGCAUAAUGGGAAAUGAAACGGUGCAAGAUAUUUUUGACUUUGAAGAAAUAAAUAAGUGCGUUAAAAUUAUCGACACAAGAUCCUGUGUUAAUGUAAAAAAUGGUGUAAUAAAGAACAGCAAAAUUCAUAUAUAUAAAAAGUACACAGAUACUAUAAAAAACAUGGAUCAUCUAGAGAAUUUGAAUAGCCAUGAGUAUUUCCUAAAGGGCAUGUACUACAACUCCUACAUGAAGGAGAAAGUCGUCAUUCGGGAUAAAAUAAAAUACUUGUACCCUUCUUUAUACAACUAUGUGGUUAACCUGGACGAUUUUAAAUUUUAUGGCGAAGGAGGCAAAAGAAUCCACGUGAACCAAGAGGAUCUGAGGGAUGGAAAUUCCCCGAGCGACGAAAACGCAAACCUUUGUCGUUCGGCCUGUGGACAUUUUGCGGAGAGCACAUUUUACUGGUUAUGCCCCGAUAUGUACAAAAAUCAGGAAAAUACUUACGAAUACAAUAUUUCAAAAAUCAUUGAAAGGGUAUUAAACUAUAAACAUGUUGGUUAUGGGGAAAAGAAUAAACACAUAGUUGAAAUGUCUAAGUCUACUCCUACAACGGAUGCAUACAAACAUUUCGGAUACAUUUCUCACUCUUUAAAGCUCCCAUUGAGAAUUGAUAUAUAUAAUAGAUUUAAAUUAUUUGAAAAAGAAUAUUUAGGAGACGACAUUCUUGAACUUUUGUAUAAAGCUUUCUUUUCCACAGACGAAAAAGAUAUAUCUAAAAGGACUAGUCUACAUGAUGAAACAAAAGACGACCUUUAUAAAAGGAAUGGUGUUCAACACACACAAGUAGAUGUUCAAAAGUUAGCCUUUUUCUCUACAAUUUAUAGCGACUUGAACAAAAAUAAGCAUGUUCCAAUCGAAAAGGAGGAACAGCGGAAGCAGAACGGUAGUGGUAGACUUGCUAGUCUGGGUGUUAAACGUGCGGAAGACGACGAAAUGAACGGAUGUGUUCACUCCAAUCAUUGCGGGAAUCCAAAUGACUAUGAUGGAUAUGAUGCACAAGGGGAUAUUGCGCACAGAGGACGCAGUACACUAAAUGAGGUAGUUAUUACUGAUAAAAAAGGGGAAAAUAAAGAAAUGCAGAAAGAUAAGGAAGAAGAGAACUUCCUUAAGGAGAAGCCAUCAUAUGGUAGUAAGAAGAGUCGUAAAGAGUGCAACAGUGGAAGCAGUAGUAGUCACAGUAGACAAGAUGGAGUGGAAAAGAGUUCGGAGGAGAUCCCCUUCAAGAAAGAUGAACCGAAAUAUGUGCUAAUAGAAGAGAUGCCAACAGCGAACAAACAUUUAAAUUAUGUUCCAUCUAAAUACAAGUUUACUAAAGAACUUAUAUUAAAAUCCUCUUCCAUAUUUUUUGGACAAAUGAGAAUUGUAUUACAGAUAAUUACUUUCUUCUUAUGUAUUCUUUUUUUAAUCACUAUCUUUUUAGUCAUUUUGUAUAUUUACAUGAACAGUACAGACGAAGUGUCUAUAAUUCUAAAAGAUGACGAAGUGAUAGAGGAAAUGCCGAGAUAUUUAAAGCGCCUAUCAAGACAUUUACUAAAUGAUGAGAAUGAAAAUAUUAAUAAAAAUUAUUUUCGAAAAUUUAAGCAUAUGAGUUACCCCUUUUAG